GAGUGUGGGAGUAAGAGAGUGACGGGGAGAGUGGGUCAGGCGGUGAGGUCUUUCGGUGGGCUGUGGAGCCCGUCCUCAGGCUAGUCCGGCAGGAUCGGGCUGUGCCCGGGGGUUUUGGGGGUUGUCGCCGGCCUGAGUGAGUGGUCGAGCUCUGUUUGAUCACAGCAACAAAACCCCAGCAUGGAGGAACAUUGCAGCCGGGCAGUCACAACACCAAGCCACACAAAAAAGCCACGUUUUGAUGUCUCCCUAGUACGCCUAACACAACAAUUUAUGGAACUUGUUAAAGCAGCUCCUGAUGGUGUUCUUGACAUGAACGAUGUUGCAAGAGUGCUUGGGGUGCGAAAGAGAAGGGUUUAUGAUAUCACCAAUGUACUGGAUGGGAUUCGCCUUGUGAGAAAAAAAUCCAAAAACUUAAUUGAGUGGAUAGGCAAGAAUCCAGAGGAAAGACUAGGAUAUGAGGCUCAGUCUCGAAAACUGAGAAAAGAACUGGCAGACUUGACAACAGUAGAGAAUUCAUUAGAUGAAUUAAUCAAAGACUGUGCUAAUCAGUUAUUCACAUUAACGGAAGACAAAGAAAAUGCAAGACUAGCAUAUGUAACUUACCAGGACAUAGACAACUUGCAAGCCUUCGAAGAACAGAUUGUGAUUGCAAUCAAAGCUCCCCAAGAAACCAAAUUGGAAGUACCUAUUCCUAAAAAAGAAACUAUCCAAGUUCAUAUAAAAAGUACUGAAGGGCCAAUUGAUGUCUUUGUCUGCGAUGUGAAAAACCUGGACGAACCUCUUAAGAAGGUUACAGACAGCAAAGCCAGUGAAAAUAAAGAGACCUCUGCAGCUACAGAAUUCAGAAGUCUGCAGCAGGUGAACAGGAGGAGAGACAUCAUGGUCCCACCGGGGACCAGGAGACCCUCAAGGACAAUCCUCAGAAGGGAAUGAGAGCAGGUGGCCAUGAAGGUCAGCUCCCGGAGUCUGGACCUGAGUUCUGGCAACAGUGCCACUAGAGGCCUUCUGCUGUCAUACAUGUGGUCAGUGUUAGUGAAUGCAUCAUCGAGCACCACAUCUGACAGUCUGGAUCCAUCUGUCCACCCUGGUGUUCAGUGUGGAAAAAAUUACAUUGCAGCAAUCAUUUUAUGCAGCUUCCCUUUAAGAUAGAACCUGCCUUUAAGAAAGAACAGGCUGGCUGUACUAUGUGGUCAGUAAAUACUGGUAUUAGGCCCUCCUGCUGUGCGCAGAAGCUUGUGACAGCAUUCAAAAACAGAAAGCAACAUUGGAGGUGCAACAGCUUGCGCCAUAAUCAUUCAGAUGAAGUUGGGUACCCAAUGUUUGCAUGUUGCCAACCUCGAUCUGAAUGAGAGUGGGCAAGUCAUGAAUCUCAAAAAAGCACCCAAAAUGGGACUGACUAGUAGCUCUACGUUUCUUACAGUUGUUCAAAACACAGCUGCAGAAACAUCAUGACAGAGAAGGGCACCUCAGCUACAGUGAACAAUGAAGUUAGCUAUUAAUUGUUAUGAAUUACUGCAGCCUCCUGGAGCUUGCACAAUUGACUUGAGAGGUCAGAGAGCAAUUUCACAAAUCAUUCCUAAAUUGGCCUUGGUUUUUCUUUCCUCUGUUACUGCUUCUCCCAGGAGAUUGCGUGGCAAGUGGCUGCGGGUUGGUGGAGCCCAUGGUCAGCAGCAUAUCUGGAUGAGAUAGACUUGAUAAACUAGUAUAUCAUUUGCAGCUAAUCAGUAAAAUGUACUUCAAACAAGUUAAGAUUUUCUUUUCAACUCUUACAAUAAUAAAACAUAAACAUUAUAUGAAAAAUUACAGAUAUAUUUGAAGCUUGAGGAUUUGCAUAUUCAAAGAACCCGCCACCAUGUUUUCAGUUUCUUCAAAGUGAGAAAGUUGCUCACGGCCCAAAUCCAAUGCAUGAAUCGCUUUUAUUCAAAAUCACAGCUCCAACCUAUCUCUGUUAAUAA